UUCAGCCCUGGCAGCGGUGACGUCAUCGAGCACUGGGUUGAGCAGCAGAGAGAGAGCGAGAGCUCUAGAGCGCUGCGGCGGAGCUCAUACUCAUAGGGCCUGCGAACGAAGCACUGGGAGGACAACUAAGAGCACGCUGAACGGGAUAUCCCAUCUCUUCUACAUGCACCAACGCCGAGGCUAAUAGGGAUAAAGGCCGUUUCCAUCCGUAUUCCUUCUUUUCCCCCAAACUGUCGAGAGGCAACCUGUAAAGAGGGACUCCAUGAAAGAUGUCAGAGGAGGCAGUUGUUAUUGCCAAGUGGGACUAUGCGGCACAGCAAGACCAGGAACUUGACAUUAGGAAAAAUGAGCGCUUGUGGCUCCUGGAUGACUCAAAAACGUGGUGGCAUGUACGAAAUGCAUCCAACAGAACAGGCUACGUUCCUUCGAAUUACGUCGAACGCAAGAACAGUCUAAAGAAAGGCUCUCUGGUGAAAAAUCUCAAAGAUACACUUGGCCUGGGAAAAACGAAACGGAAGACGAGCACACGGGAAGCCUCUCCAACACCCAGCACAGAUGAGUACUCGUCUAAUGGGGGCGGAGCAGAUCGAAUAUAUGAUAUGAACACUCCAGUGGUGGUGAAGUUUGCCUACAAUGCAGAGCGGGAGGAUGAGCUCAGCCUGGUGAAGGGAGCCCGGCUGAUGGUGAUGGAGAAAUGCAGUGACGGCUGGUGGAGGGGCAGCUAUAACGGUCAGGUGGGCUGGUUCCCUUCCAACUACGUCCAGGAGGAGGAGGAGGUGGAGGACACGUCAGCUGACCUGCCCGCUGUCUUCUCCUCACGGCUGGGCCUCAGUAAUGGCCAGGGCCCCAGAGUCCUUCACACUGUUCAAGCGCUCUACCCCUUCAGUUCCGUCACUGAGGAGGAGCUGAACUUUGAGAAGGGUGAGAUGAUGGAGGUGCUGGAGAAGCCAGAGAAUGACCCAGAAUGGUGGAGGUGUAAGAACUGCCGUGGGCAGGUGGGUCUGGUGCCAAAGAACUAUGUGGUUGUGCUCAAUGAUGGUCCAUUAGCCGUGGGUCCCCAUUCCCAGCAGAACAGCUACACGGGACCCUCCCACACGGGGAAAUUCGCUGGAAAGGACUGGUACUAUAACAACGUGACACGGCACCAGGCUGAGUGUGCACUGAAUGAGAGGGGGGUGGUGGGAGACUUCCUUGUGCGAGACAGCGAGUCCUCUCCGAGUGAUUUCUCAGUGUCUCUGAAAGCAGUCGGGAGGAACAAACACUUCAAAGUGCAGCUGUCAAACGGAGUCUACUGUAUCGGUCAACGCCGCUUCAAUACUAUGGAUGAACUGUUAGAGCACUACAAGAAAGCUCCCAUCUUCACUAGCGAACAUGGAGAGAAACUUUACCUUAUCAAACCCCUCCAGUGACCUUCCACACACAAAUGAGCCUUACAACCAGACAUGACUGGACCAGACCAGAUCUGACGUCACACUGAGCCAAGUGAUCUGCAACUCCUAAUUACCGCUCAUUUCUCACCAGCAAACAGGGAACCUACUGAAUACCUACCCACAGGGAAAUCAUAGGAUGUUGUUUCCGCUGAGUACUCCUUCCUGUCCCAGUGGCUCUGCUACUUUAGCUCUUCUUUUCACCUGGAGUGGUUCACCCUUAAUUAAUAUCACUUGCCUAUAAUUGAAGCACUUGCCUAUUGCCUGUUCACACUUAGCCAAAAUCGAGACGCAAGCAAUCCAACAGAUGAAGCUUUCAUCUGAUCCAUACUUCGACUGAUACAGUAGUUACAGGGCAAGCGCAAUAAUGCAUACUCAGAGGAAUUACAGUAAACUGUAUAUGCAUGGGAGUUGCCAAAAAUAGAGUUGGUGACAGGUACUUGUCGCCCCCUGCCGGAUGAACUGAGAAAUGCCAAUGGGAGGGUCUAAUGAGAUGAAUGUUUUGUAGAUGCUUAACCAAAUGUGCCACCUUUUCGUUCAAACACUGUUUAUCUAAUAUAUCCUAUAUCAUUCUCAUUCAGAUUCACACAUCUGUAUCUGCAAAGAAUGGUUUGGUGUGUCCAUUCAGCUUUUAGUUUCCGAGCUUUUGUAAAAGUGUGGUACGUCUGAAUGUCACUGAGCAUUGUUAUUUAAAGCCAUGUUUAUUUAAUGUGAGAAAUAAGCUGCGGAGAAGGACAAUGUAGCCGUGAGCUCCACAUGAUAGCUGUGCAAAAAGUUGAAAUACUUUCAAUUAAACAUUUUGCAAGA